AUGGGUUCUACUGGUGACGACGAAUCCUACGUCGAUGUGCUGGUUGUCGGUGCCGGGCCUGCUGGCCUGAUGAUGGCGGCUUGGCUGGCGAAAUGCGGAGUGAAAACUAGAAUCGUCGAUAAAAGAGGGACCAAAGUUUUCAACGGCCAGGCAGACGGUUUACAAUGCCGGACCCUGGAGAUUUUCGAUUCCUUUGGCUUUGGUGACCGUGCCUGGAAGGAGGCGAACCAUAUGCUCGAAAUCUGCCUUUGGAACCCAGACUCGAACGGGAAAAUCCAGCGCAGCGCCCGGAUCCCUGACACCAUCCCAGGGAUCAGUCGAUUCCAACAGGUUGUCCUUCACCAAGGUAGGAUUGAGCGCUUCUUCCUCGAUCAUAUGGAGAGCUGUGACGGCCUGCGCGUGGAGCGCGGCGUAUUGCCUACAAAGCUGGAACUCGACGAAUCUCUCGUUGAUUCAUCAGAUGCUUAUCCGAUCACCGUACAUCUUCGCCAUCUCUCGGAGGUUGAAGCAACCCCACAACAAACGGGGACAUCUGUUAAUGGCUCAGCUAUUCAGGACGGUCUUUUCCGGAGCAAUCUCUCCGCUGACGAUACAGCGGAAAUCAUUAGGGCUAGCGCGCUGGACGCAAAGGCCAAUACGGAGGAAGUUGUCAAAGCCAAGUACAUGCUAGGUGCGGAUGGGGCACACUCAUGGGUGCGCCAGCAGCUUGGAUUUGCCCUCGAGGGAGAAUCCACCGAUUACAUUUGGGGUGUCUUAGAUAUCGUGCCUAUUACCGAUUUCCCGGAUAUCCGCAUGCGCUGCGCUAUUCAUUCUGUGGAUUCGGGUAGCGUCAUGGUCAUCCCCCGGGAGAACAAGCUCGUGCGGUUGUACAUCCAGCUGACGACAGCGGUAUACAAUGGCGGCAAAAGGGCUGAUAGGUCCAAGAUUGACCCCGCCGUUAUUUUGGGCGCUGCCCAGAAGAUUAUGGCGCCAUAUAAGAUCUCAUACCGCAGGCUGGACUGGUGGACAGCUUAUCAGAUUGGACAGCGCGUGGGUACCCAGUUCUCUGCUCAUGAGCGCAUUUUCCUUGCGGGAGACGCUGUCCACACACAUAGUCCCAAGGCCGGCCAGGGUAUGAACGUGAGCAUGCAAGACUCGUAUAACCUUGGAUGGAAAAUUGCAAGCGUUGUCAAAGGCCAUUCCCAUCGCUCCAUCCUCAAGACAUACGAAAUGGAGAGAAGGAAAAUUGCUCAGGAUCUCAUUGCGUUUGACCACCGAUUUUCUAGACUGUUCUCUGGUCGCCCUGCCCGCGACAUCAUGGACGAGGAGGGAAUCAGCAUGGAUUCCUUCAAAGAGGCAUUCGAGAAAGGUAACCUAUUUGCCAGUGGUAUUGCUGUCGAUUACUGCUCGAGUGUGAUCGUUGCGAAAGAAACAGAAUCGAACCCUGUAGUCAGUGUACAAGAGCUUGCACCGGAGGUCAAGCUGGGCAAGAGAAUGCCUAGCGUGAAGGUCCUGAGCCAGGCCGAUGCGCGCCCCUGGCAUAUCCAGGAACGACUGCCUAGUAACGGGCGCUGGCGCGUCAUGGUGUUUGCCGGCGAUGUGACCAAGCAGCCCCAGAAGGAGAAAAUUGAGCGACUAGGAGCUGCACUUGGAAGCAAAGGAUCGUUCCUGCAGUGCUACAAACCAGCGGGAGCGCGCUACGACUCCGUCAUCGAGGUUCUCACGGUGCAUGCCGGGCCACGCGAUGCGGUGGACAUCUUUGAUUUCCCCGAGGUGUUUCGUCCGUACGAUGAAAUUGAGGGCUGGGACUACGAAAAGAUAUUCGUGGAUGACCUCUCCUACCACGAGGGCCAUGGGCAACUGUACGAGACUUUCGGGAUAGACCCGGACAAGGGAUGUCUCGUUGUCCUGCGGCCGGACCAGUAUGUCUCGUACGUUGGACCCUUGGAGGAUUAUGACGCGGUGGAUCGAUUCUUCUCUGGUUUCAUGAUUGCACAGAAUGCGCACUAG